AGAGCGAAGAAGAGAGAUAGCCGGCGUGAUGCGUUCGUAGCACAUGCAACGUGUUUGUCAAUCUGUCAUCUGUUUUCGCAUACGAUGACGUAAAUGCUAUAUCAGCGAAUCUCAUCUUGAACGGAGGCUGCGGGUCAAUAUUAUACGCGUAUACUUGGACGGACGAGGACUGAGGCUCUCGUAUUCACGCGUUUCUCGUUCAAGCGCGGUGCGCGAUAUAUAUUCGUGCCAGGCCAUGUGUCACAACCAGGCCGGUACAGAUUCUCCGCGUUCACCGCUGAAUGCGCGAGUAAUUUUGAAUUCGUGUCGAAUUACAAUCGAUAAGUAUAACGACGCGAAAACUCUCUCAGCGUUUAUAUACGAUAAACGAGAACGAGCCUGUCAAAUAAAAUAAGCCUGCCCCGAUAUCAUUCGAGCGCGGCGCGCCUUCGGAACGUUCGACGUUCUAGCUUGUAGAGUCGAGGACAAAUCGUAUUUUUAGUACGGUCUAAAAUCGUAGCGUUGCUGCGAAGUUUGCGAGUGAAUUUUGCAUCCUCGGCGAGAAGCCACCGCGGAGAUCGUACGUACGCAUCAGUUCGACCGUUGAGGAUCAUCAAAGAGUGAUUGUUUCAUAUUACCAAACCCAUGACGAGGUACAAACAGGCCGAAUUCGAGGAUGAAGACAGCAGCAGCAUCGGCUCCGUCGCCCUAAAUAGCGAAGGCAUCAGCACAUCCGCCACGCAUAUAAGAUACCAUACGGUGAGCGGUACAACGAUGUGGAAGGCGAGAAGUAUUUUGGAGAGAUGCCUUCUUAUAAUUUGUGCCGUUUUGCUGCUAACGAUCGUGGUACUCGCCAUUGUAAUCAGCAGCAAAAAUGGUUGGGACGAGGCCCAGAUUCUUCACGUCACCUCUCACGGAGAAGAUGGCACGCAUUGUCUCACGGAACAAUGCGUAACAGUGGCGGCUUCCUUAAUUAAUAGUAUAGAUAAUUCCGUCGAUCCGUGCGACGAUUUCUACGAAUACGCAUGCGGCGGCUGGAAAAAGAAAAAUCCCAUUCCGGAUGGGAGAAACGUUUGGGGUACGUUCGGCAAGCUGGAGCAGGAUAAUCAACUAGUCGUCAAGAAUGUUCUCGAAAAACCGCUUAGCGAGAUGAAAUCAAAAGCCGAGAAGAAGGCCAAGUAUUAUUAUCUGUCCUGCAUGGACGCGAACGAGACGAUCGAGACGCUCGGGGCGAAGCCGAUGUUGGAACUGUUGGAAAAUAUCGGCGGCUGGAACAUCUCUGGCAAAUUCAACAUCAGCGCGUGGUCCCUGCAAAACAGCAUGCACGUUCUGCAAAACGUUUAUAACAUGGGCGGUUUAUUCUCUUGGGGAGUGAGCGAGGACGACAGAAACAGCACUAGAUACAUAAUCCAGAUUGAUCAAGGAGGUUUAACACUACCAACUGCGGACAAUUACCUCAACGUAUCCGAGCACGGCAAGGUCCUAACCGCCUAUUUGGACUACAUGACGAAGAUCGGCGUGCUCUUAGGUGGCGAAGAGAAUACAACGAAGAAACAGAUGCAGGAUGUAAUCGCCUUCGAGACUAGGCUCGCGGAGAUCACUAUACCGCCCGAGGAACGCAGGGACGAGGAGAAGAUGUACAAUCUAAUGUCGUUGAAUGACUUGCAAAAAAAAGCACCUUUCAUGUCGUGGGUGGAAUUCUUCCAAAAUGCCACGCGUCUCGUAAACAAGAAGAUCAAUAGUAAAGCUAUGAUCGUAAAUUUUGCACCGGAGUAUUUCGGAAAUUUGACGAAAGUCGUGCAGGAAUAUAACAGGACAACUUCCGGAAAGAUAAUAUUGAAUAACUAUCUGGUUUGGCAGACCGUGAGGUCCUUGACGGCGUUUCUCUCGAAGCCGUUUCGCGAAGCUUACAAGGGCUUGCGGAAAGCUUUGCUCGGUAUGGAAGGCCACGAAGAGCAGUGGCGUUAUUGCGUUAAUGAUGUUAAUAACGCCAUGGGUUUCGCCAUUGGCGCGAUGUUCGUCAGAGAGGUUUUUCAAGGCAAGAGUAAACCUAUGGCGGAGGAAAUGAUCAAUCAUAUUCGCAAGGCGUUCACGAAAAACUUUAAGAAUCUAAACUGGAUGGACGCAGAGACGAGAAACGCCGCCGAGGAGAAAGCAAACGCGAUCACCGACAUGAUCGGCUUCCCGGACUUCAUUCUGCAGGCCAGCGAACUCGACGAGCGUUAUAGGGACUUGUCGAUUAAACAAAACGAAUAUUUCCAGAACACAUUGCGCGUGAACAAGUACAGUUUCCGUAAAAAUCUCGAGAAGCUCGAUCAGGUGGUGAAUAAGACCACUUGGAUAAUGACACCGCCGGCCGUGAACGCUUAUUACACGCCUACCAAAAAUCAAAUGGUCUUCCCCGCCGGUAUUCUUCAGAGCCCGUUCUACGAUAUGAAGAAUCCCUAUAGCUUGAACUUCGGCGGCGUAGGCGUAGUUAUGGGGCACGAAUUAACGCACGCUUUCGAUGACCAAGGUCGAGAGUACGACUUGCAUGGAAAUCUGCACCACUGGUGGAACGACGCUACGGUGGAGCGAUUUAAAAAUAGAACCGAAUGCUUCGUGGAACAAUAUAACCAAUAUCAAGUACAAGGUCGAAAUAUAAAUGGCCGACAGACGCUGGGAGAGAAUAUCGCCGACAACGGGGGCCUUAGGGCAGCGUAUCACGCUUAUCUCUCGAUGACUAAGAGCUACAAGGAUCAACUGCCGCUACCCGGUCUCAAUCUGACGCAUCGUCAACUAUUUUUCCUAAAUUUUGCUCAGAUUUGGUGCUCCUCCAUAACGUCCGAGACGGUAACUCUUCAGAUCGAGAAGGAUACUCACAGUCCACCGAAGUACCGGGUGAUAGGACCACUUUCGAAUAUGCCAGAAUUCUCGACGGAGUUCAACUGUCCUAAGGACUCGAAGAUGAAUCCCGUACAUAAGUGCGAAGUGUGGUAACGCCUCAUGUGUAACCCGACUGAUUCAUCGAGGACAGUUCGGUUGAACGUGAUUUUCGGCGUCGCUUCGGGGAGACCGUCGACGAGGCUUCCACGUUACGCCGGUCGCGUAACGAGAGACACGUGGAACAUAUAUGGGACUUGCUCCGGGCAUCGGACUGUGCAUUUUUUAAUUCCUUUACAUAUCAAUAUUUACCGUGAGGAUAGCCGUUUUAAAUUUCACACACGUCUCUCUUGUCAGCGUAUGGUUUUGCCACACAACUCUCAAACGUGCGAGCUCGAAAACAAUUAUCAGGAAACGUUGGCACCUUCUUUCAGCUGAGGAAAUUUAUUGACCAAUUUUUAAUUGGCUUUCUCAAAGCGAUGAUUAUUCUUCAAGCUUCUCUAUUAUUAUUAUUUUUUGUUUUCUAAAUAUCUAAAUCUUGGAAUUAACAAUUCACACUGAAUUCUCUGUCAGCAAGUCAAGACUUAUACAAGUUACUUAGAUCGUGCGAAGUAUCACCAUACGCAUUUUUAAUGUCAUAAGUUCCGUAGAAGCCAUUAGCCGUCUUAUGCUAGUAAAAAGUUUAUUUUAUAAAAACUACUUACUUUUAGCUAGACCGUGCCACCUAGCACACACUUGGCAUUCAAGCGAAUCGGAGACUUUUCCCGUCUGAUGGAAAAACGUAUCCGAAAAAAAUGACUUGCAAUUAGCUGAAAAAAAGCAGUAUAGACUUGGAAAGAUUCUAUUUCGCGAAGCUAUAUGGAUACUUAAUCAUUUAAAUCAAAAGUUGUCUUUAGAAUUUCCUCUGGCAUUGAAGAGGCUGUAAAAGAAAAUCUCACAUGUGAUUUCCGACAUCAUAGAUUGGAUAUUUUAUUUUGCAGAAAUUAAUGGCUUUUAAUUUAAUUUGAAUAUUAUUAUACUUUUUAUGAGAUUACGGUGCUACCGACAGUACUUGCAUAAAUAUGUUUGCGAGACGGUGUGUGAUCUCAUGCCUAACGCAGGAUUGUCAAAGUGUAAUUCUUACAUGUACUUUUUCUUCGUUUUGAGUUGCAUUGUAUUAUAGUCUUAAAAUAUUGCGUAUAAUAAUUGUACGUGCAGAAGUUUACGACGCUUUAUUGACGAAGAUUGAGUGGCAUGUUUGUAAAUAAUGUGAUUUCUAGAUCGAAAAGCUUAUGCAUCUAUCACAAGAAGGGCGUAUAGACCUUUGCUUGUUAGCAUUAAUUUUACCAUUGUAAUUAAUAGGAAAUGAAAAUCUCAGCGCGAUGGCCAGCUGCGAUGGAGUCAACUCAAAGUGCUAAAGUUUCGUUGCAAAUCUUUCGUUGCUAGACGAGGGGUGAAGUCGAUAGCGAACAUAUUUUAGCAGUGUAGAUAAUAUAGGGACUAUUAAUAAUUUUAUUUCUUCAUAUAAUAAAAGAGAUGAUCGCCGAGAUAAAGAAUUUUGUAUCUUUUAAUGCAAAGCAGACUUCAAAACUAUAUACAAGAAUGAGAAUUUGCGAGGUGUAAAAAAAAUACUCAUGCAAAAAUUGCGUAUCCAAAAAUCGAUGAGGAUACGUUCUGCAAAGUUAUAAAUUAUCCAAAUUUUAUCCAGUUUUGCAGAAAUGAAUUUUCUCCUAUUUCUCUCUUAAUAUCUUCAUUUUUUCAGGAAUAUUGUAUUAAAAUUAAUGGCAUAAUUAUAAAUUGUCUAGUUGCUAAAUAAUGAAAGAAAGUAAUUUGAUAUUCUUAGCUUAUCCUUCGUAUCAUUUUUCCAAAAAUAAUAAAUUAUAAGAAAUUUAAAAAUUAUUAAGAGAAAUACGACAUUUUGUUAAUGAUUACUGUUUUUUCUAUGCAACCUAACGUGUUUUUGUAUGUAAAUUUUAUUCCCAGUUAUUGCGAAAGGCUCCGAUUAUGCUGUGAAUGUAACGAAUAUUGCAGCUCUCGGGUGAGUUUUGCACGAUUCGAAAGAGAUGCCAAUCAAAAUCCGAUCUUUUUUUAUUGUGUGGAGUGAAAAUAAAUACUUACGAAUCCGUGCAGCGUCGUUUCGUACGAGGAAAGAGAGUGUUAUAGGUAGCCAAAUCUUUCAUUGUACAUUAAAUAAGAUACACUUAUUAUCCAUGCACGUAUAACCAAUUUAUUUAAGGUCUUACGAUCCCAAUAAUUACCGCGACAUUCGUAUAAGCUGCGACAGGGCGAAAAGAGGAUAUUAACAACACUAUAAUUAAACACGAUUACGCUUAACUUCGUUUUAAGUUGCGCCGUUAAACAUUGCGGAAAUGUUAUUCUCGUCGGAAUGUCGUAACGUUAAUCCUAGAAAAGCCCUAUACAUUUCCAUAAAAUUACGUACUGAAAUCACAAUUGCCACAAAUACAUUUCUCAUUUUAUUUUUCCUAUACUGAGCAAAGAGAUAAGGGAUUUAGUUGAUCGGAUUCUCUAAGAAGUAUCUUAAGACGGAAAAUAAUCAAAUGCAUUAAUACAUUUUUAUGCUCGAGAGAGUGUGAUAUCUCACAAGAUAGAAAGCUGCUAAGAUCUUUCGGAUAUCUAGGAUUAAAUCUAGGGUAUUAGUGUUAAACUCGUCAGAUUUGAGAAAUCGACGAUAACGCGGGAAAACUCUGAGAAGUACCGUGAUGCAUUCGAAAAUCUACGAAUCCUUGUUAGGAAUUGCUCCAUUCUCCUUCUCUCUCGCUUCCACAUCUCCCUCUUGGAGGGUCAUAGGUGGCGAAAUACAUUUAAAAAAAAAAAAAGCCAAAGUUUCUUUAAUUGUAAUGUAAGAUCCAUAUAGGCCUUAAAUAUAUGACGCCGAUGCAUAAUGCA